GGCGGCGGUGGCGAUGACAAUGAGUUUUCUUGGAGGCUUUUUUGGUCCCAUUUGUGAGAUUGAUGUCGUCCUUAAUGAUGGAGAAACCAGGAAAAUGGCAAAAAUGAAAACUGAAGAUGGCAAAGUAGAAAAAUAUUAUAUCUUCUAUGAUGGAGAAUCUGUUUCAGAAAAGGUAAACCUAGCCUUUAAGCAACCUGGAAAGAGGCUAGAACACCAAGGAAUUAGAAUUGAAUUUGUAGGUCAAAUUGAACUUUUCAAUGACAAGAGUAAUACUCACGAAUUUGUAAACCUAGUGAAAGAACUAGCCUUACCUGGAGAAGUGACUCAGAGCAGAAGUUAUGAUUUUGAAUUUAUGCAAGUUGAAAAGCCAUAUGAAUCUUACAUGGGUGCCAAUGUCCGCUUGAGGUAUUUUCUUAAAGUGACAAUAGUAAGAAGACUGACAGACUUGGUGAAAGAGUAUGAUCUAAUUGUUCACCAGUUUGCCACCUAUCCUGAUGUUAACAACUCAAUUAAGAUGGAAGUGGUCAUUGAAGAUUGUCUGCAUAUAGAAUUUGAGUAUAAUAAAUCAAAGUAUCAUUUAAAGGAUGUGAUUGUCGGAAAAAUGUACUUCUUAUUAGUAAGAAUAAAAAUACAACAUAUGGAGCUGCAACUGAUCAAGAAAGAGGUCACAGGAAUUGGACCCAGUACCACGACAGAAACAGAAGCAAUCGCCAAAUAUGAAAUAAUGGAUGGUGCCCCAAUAAAAGGUGAAUCAAUUCCAAUAAGAUUAUUUUUAGCAGGAUAUGGUCCAACUCCAACAAUGAGAGAUGUGAGCACAAAAUUUUCAGUGAGGUACUUUUUGAAUCUAGUACUUGUUGAUGAGGAAGACAAAAGAUACUUCAAGCAGCAGGAGAUCAUUUUAUGGAGAAAAGCUCCAGAAAAACUGAGAAAACAAAGAACAAAUUUUCACCAGCAAUUUGAGUCUCACCAGCGAUUUGAGUCUCCUGAAUCACAAGCAUCUGCUGAACAGCCUGAAAUGUGAACUGAAAAGGAGGGGGAAAAAAAGACAAAAACACCUGUAACCAUUAUGAUUAAGUUCAGCAAGUUAAAGAUAGUUGCAGCAUGUAGGGGAGAGAAAGGCCAAAA